CUUGCGCGCGCUGCAUUAUCUCACCACCCGUCUCUCAUUGUCUCUCCUCCCCCUGCUGAUCGUCUCUCCUUAUCCCUUCCGGCCCCAUUCUUUUGCUAUACUCUACUUAAUUCAACCUUACUAUAUUCAAUGUAAUCUUUUUUGUCCCUGGCCCGUUCUUCACUUUCUUUAGUCCCCAUGAACGAGAAUGUCUAAUCUCUCGGAUGCGCCAUUUCCUCAGACCCAUUCCCUUCGUCGGUCUGCCACCCUUCCCUCGAAACUGAACCCCCGGCCGCGUCGGCAGUCGGAGUCACUCAAGCCAUCGGAGAACGAUCUAUUCUACCACCCGUCCGCGAAAGUUGUCCAUUUUGCCCCUAGAGCACUCGCCCCGAUUCCAUCCAGCACUUCGCCCUCGGACUUCGAUUACCCGGUCGAUACUGUCGAGACUCUUCCUUGGAGGUCCCCCACAGAACGGACGGUCGCCCUCGGACCACUCCGGUUGCAAAAUGUUCACGGCCUUACCGUCUUUCUUAAAUGCGGCAAUGUCGUGCAUGCGAUUCUCAAGAAUUCGCAAUGUUGGUGUGUCGACGGCGAGUCGACCUUUGUCUUGCGCAUUCGCCCUCUGACGUACUAUCGCAUCGAGCUUCCUACUGAAACAGAGAACGACAAGGUAUUGGUGGUAGGGAUGAAAACGGUCUUGCCAGGGGUCCUUCGCUAUGAGGUGACCCCGUGCCCUUUCAAGAGGGGAUUCACCGUUGAGAUACCGGAGGAGGCCAAAGCGCCCAGAAGGAAGAGGGCGUGGCGCCCCAAAGGUCGUCGGGACAGCGCUCCAAUCACUUCGACAUAUCAUCAAGGUGAACUCAAGUUGAAAGAGGACCUUGCGAAAGUCCCUCCGAGUGCUGGGGAAGAUACGGAUGGAGAUGCGACGGAUGACAGCGGCUUCACCACGAAGGACAGUAACAGUACCAUCUUGGAGACUAUCCCGGAUGAUGAUGAAUCUCCUGAACUGUUUCAGACAUUCGAACCGGUGGAUCUGCCCGGGCGCUCAGCGCAAGAAACGGAACAGAAUUUUCAAACCUUGCUGGCAAGAUUUGAGGAGAACUCUGAACAACAGGUUGAUCCUGAAACGUCGUUCUCAUCGAGCGUCGAAUCUUUCCAUUCCCUUGGACCCUCGUUUUCUACAUUACCGGACCUGGACGCAUGCUCUACGCCUACGUCGACUGAAGGUACCGAGCAAUUUCAGACCGAACUAGGCAAUAAUCCAUCGCCAUCAGAAGAACAGCCCUUUCGGGAGACAGAACGCUCUAGAGAUCGACUAUCCGUGUAUGUGGACUGUUGGGAUGACUUGUCAUCUACAUCGCAAGAUCUGUCGAGAGAUUUCUCUCCUGAGCGGGAAGCCAAACCGAUCCCGAACGUAAUUCCCGACAUUCAGCAGCCAGCUUUAACCCGCAAUGGCGCGACCACCGCCACCGAUUCGAAUCCAAAUCUCAGCAGCAUGAGCGUAGAGUUCCGCCGGCGCUCCAAAGCAUCCCGCGAGCGAGAAGUUUCCCCGAUGCCACCAGCGUCCUCACUCGCCCUCACAAGGCCCGAGAAACACGACGCGGCGUCGCUCAUUCAGAAGACCUGCACGCUUGUCCUGGUCCCUCCUAUUCAACUGCUGGUGGUUCUCAUUCACGUUGCUGCGCGCAUUGUCAUCGGCCCAGCCUUGAACUCCGCCAUAGGCGAAUUGAACCGAAAGAUCGAGUAUGGAGUCACCGGCUCCCAGGACACAGUGGAUGAUUUCGACCUCCCACUUCCUGACCGAUCUAGGGCGUCGUCUGCCGAUGAGGAUACUAAAAACUAACAUCUGUAUCGACUCGGGCUUCCGCACCCUUGCCGUCUUUCGUUCCGUGAUCCUCUCACAUUCCACUCUUUCUCCGCUGACCAUGCACCUACUGUUUCUGUCCGCAUCUGAUGACUUGCUCGAUUCCCUCUCAUGUACUCUUCCAACUACGAUGACGCAUUUGUAUGAUCUCACUUUGUCUCUGUCUCCACCUAUUUCCUUCGGUUUGGCAUCUGUACGGAUUGUGGGUGGGCUGUCUCUGUUUCUUGCACUGGAUAUGUACCCGUAAUGUUUUCUUUGUAUUCUAGCGAUAUCAUCAACACAGUUAAUCUGAUAUACUGUCACCCU